UGCUGAGCUGAUGAAAGCAGGGACCCGGGGGGAGCGGCUGGGAGAUGAUCCUGAAAGAAAGAGGAGAACAGCAGGAACACCGAUGCUGCCUUCACAAGUUGGGAGGUCCGUGGACUCUGUCAGCGGCUGCAAAUGGAUCUUCACUGGGCCUUCAUCAGUGUGUCAAGCUGGAACAACUGAGAGAACCAAAGCUUGAGCUGUAAAUGUGUCGGCACCGGGGAACUCAGCAUGAAGAAGUCGGCCCGGCCAGCGGCGAGUAAGGUCAGCGGGGAACGGGGGAAAUCGGAGGCGGCCGGCGCCGGGAAACCCUCGGCCAAAGGCGUCAGCGCCGCCCCUCUGAAUAAGCUGAAAAGCAGCGAUGAUCUUUUAGCCGCCAUGGCUGGAGGGAAUCCUGUCACCAAGACCAAGAAGACCGCCUCGCUUGGGAGCAGCUCUAACAAUCAGGAGAACCGGCCGAAGACCACGUCAGGGUCUGUUUCCAAGCGGGCAGCAUCGGCGACUUCCAAGGAAGCGAACUCCUCACGGGAUCGUUUGCGGGCGUCGAGGAGCUCUGCUUCUAAAAAGCAGUCGGUGUCGGUGACGGCGGCGGGGGAUGCCGCCUCAGGGAAGCGCUCCCGCAACCAGGUGGUGGAAUCAGAGGGCCGCAUGAGCAAGUCUAAAUCUGACGGUCAGAUCAGCGACAAGGUCGCUUUAGAGGCCAAAGUGAAGGAUCUGCUGGGUCUGGCCAAGAGCAAAGACGUGGAGAUCCUCCACCUCCGCAGUGAGCUCAGGGACAUGAGGGCCCAGCUGGGCCUCGGGGGGAGCGAGGCGUCGCAGCAGCAGCAGGAGGAGGAGGAGGAGGAGGCUGGAGAGGAGGAGAAGCCUCAGGUGUCGGCCAUUACAGCCGCCGACGUAGAGUCCACUCUCAUUCUCCUACAGGAGCAGAACCAAGCCAUCAGGGAGGAGCUCAACCUGCUCAAGAGCGAGAACCGCAUGCUGAAAGACCGCCUCAACGCGCUGGGCUUCUCCCUGGAGCAGCGGCUGGACGGCUCCGACAAGCUGUUCAGCUACCCCUCCCUGAGCCCGGACCUGUCGGCCGGCGGCGCGCACAGCGACGGAGGCUGCACGGGCACCCUGACCUCCUCGGUGGAAGGCUCCGCCCCGGGCUCCCUGGAGGACCUGCUCCUCACGGGGCACCAGCACGGCGGCUCGGCGGACAACCUGGACAGCGAGUCCAGCGAGGUCUACCAGGCCGUCACCUCCAGCGACGACGCCCUGGACGCGCCCUCGGGGGCGUCCUCGUCGUCCGAGUCGGAGUGCGCGGCGGGCGCCGAGCGCUCGCGGCGGGGCAGCGGCGGCGGCGCCAGCGAGGUGUCGGUGGCCUGCCUGACGGAGCGCAUCCACCAGAUGGAGGAGAACCAGCACAGCACGGCCGAGGAGCUGCAGGCCACCCUGCAGGAGCUGGCCGACCUGCAGCAGAUCACCCAGGAGCUGAACGGAGAGAACGAGCGGCUCGGGGAGGAGAAGGCCAUCCUGAUGGACUCCCUGUGCCAGCAGAGCGACAAGCUGGAGCUGUACGGCCGGCAAAUCGAGUACCUGCGCUCGCUGCUGGACGAGCACCACCUCUCCUACUCCCUGGAGGAAGACAUCAAGAGCGGGCGCUACAUGGAGCUGGAGCAGCGCUACGGCGACCUGGCCGACAACGCCCGCUUCGAGAGGGAGCAGCUGCUGGGCGUGCAGCAGCACCUGUCCAACACGCUGAAGAUGGCCGAGCAGGACAACGCCGAGGCCCAGGAGAUGAUCGCCGCGCUGAAGGAGAGGAACCACCAGAUCGAGCGCGUGGCUGAGGCGGGCCGCCAGGACCGGGCCGCCUUGGAGGCGGCGCUGGACGAGUACAAGGCGGCGGUGAGCAGCGACCAGGCGGAGCUGAGCCGCUGCAGGGCGCAGCUGGAGCAGGAGAGGCAGCGGGUGGCCGAGCUGUACUCGCUGCACAGCGCCGGGGACAAGAACGACAUCUGCCAGCUGCUGGAGGGGGUGCGGCUGGGCAAGGAGGAGGCCGAAGCCAAGGCCGCCAAGACGCAGGGGGAGCUGGAGCAGGCGCACGCCGAGCUCAGCCGGCUGCAGGAGACUUUCAGCAAGCUGGACAGCGAGUACAGGGACUUCCAGGAGCAGGCGCAGCGGCGCAUAGCCGAGCAGGACGGCGCUCUGGGGAAGCAGCGGCUGGAGCUCCAGGAGAAGGAGACGGAGAUCGGCGACAUGAAGGAGACCAUCUUUGAGCUGGAGGACGAGGUGGAGCAGCACCGAGCUCUGAAGCUUCACGACAACCUCAUCAUCUCCGACCUGGAGAACUCUGUGAAAAAGCUGCAAGACCAGAAGCACGACAUGGAGAGGGAGAUAAAGACUCUUCAGCGCCGACUCAGGGAGGAGUCGAUGGAGUGGCGUCAGUUCCAGGCGGAUCUGCAGACGGCCGUGGUCAUCGCUAACGACAUCAAGUCGGAGGCGCAGGAAGAGAUCGGAGACCUGCGGCGCCGGCUGCAGGAGGCCCAGGAGAAGAACGAGAAGCUGAGCAAGGAGCUGGACGAGGUCAAGAGCCGCAAGCAGGAGGAGGAGCGAGGCAGAGUGUACAACUACAUGAACGCGGUGGAGAGGGACCUGGCAGCGCUUAGACAGGGGAUGGGUCUCAGUCGGAGAUCCUCCACCUCCUCAGAGCCUUCGCCCACCGUUAAAACGCUCAUCAAGAGCUUUGACAGCGCCUCACAAGGUCCACCUUCUAACGGGGCCGCCGUGGCUCCCACAGCCUCAGCUCCCACCGCCUCGGCGCCCCCGUUACCCCGGACCCCGCUCAGCCCCAGCCCCAUGAAGACUCCCCCUGCAGCCGCUGUCUCACCAAUGCAGAGACACUCCAUAGCUGGACCUAUAUCAGCGACCAAACCCCUGUCAUCUCUGAGUGAUAAGAGACCCAGCUACACAGACAUGACUAUGCCAGCUGACCACCUCCUCAGGGGAGCCCCAACCAGCCGACCCCCGCCUGUCCUGCAGAGGGUCUCCAACAUCGACUCCACCAAGGCUAUUUCAGUGUCGCGCAGGAGCAGCGAGGAGAUCAAGAGGGACAUAUCCGCUUCAGAUGGGGCCUCCUCCUCCUCCCUUAUGGCCAUGAGCGCUGCUUCCUCCUCGCUCUCGCUGUCCUCCUCCUCCCCUACAGCCUCCAUCACGCCGACAACCCGCAGCCGCCUGAGAGAGGAGAGAAAGGACCCUCUGUCAGCGCUGGCCAGGGAGUACGGAGGCUCCAAGAGAAACGCUUUGCUCAAGUGGUGCCAAAAAAAGACUGAAGGUUAUCAGAACAUCGAUAUCACCAACUUCAGCAGCAGCUGGAACGACGGCCUGGCCUUCUGCGCUUUGCUGCACACCUACCUGCCGGCACACAUCCCUUACCAGGAGCUCACGGGCCAGGACAAGAGGAGAAACUUCACUUUAGCUUUCCAGGCUGCAGAGAGCGUGGGCAUCAAAUGCACACUGGACAUCAACGAGAUGGUCCACACGGAGCGGCCUGACUGGCAGAGCGUCAUGACCUACGUCACCGCCAUCUACAAAUACUUUGAGACCUGACCCGGCCUUCCCCCCCCUCCGACUUCACCGCCUCGCCCGCCACGUCCCCGCAGCGCAACCAGCAGCCGCUCCAUCGUCCACCGCUACGCCUCGCCUCCUUUGCACCAGUAAAGCCAUGAAAAGUAACGGAUUUAAAGCGAGCUCAACCAAGUAUGAGCCGAUCCUCAGGAGAAUCCGCUGGAUCUGGAGUGGCCCUCAGUCUGCAGGAGCUGCGAAAGAAAGAGACAAAGUCUCUGUGCCUUCUGUUUGGCUUUUGUCUUACAGUUUCUUCUCUUUUUUUUUUUUUUUAUUCAGCCCAGUUUCCAGGGUGUUGGCGAGGACAAUGUUCCAGCUUAAAUUCAACAACUGGCAAUGUUGUCUAAACCGUAUUUUUGUUUACCACAGAAUAUCUGUUAGACCCGCUUUGCUUAAUAUUUCGGAUUUUCCCACAGCAGCGAGCAUCAGGCGAGCUGUCCCCUAAUUUAAACAUCCCUUUCGGAAACGCUGGCGAGUGAUGCCGGCGUUUUGCACCAAGUCUUCCAGACGUUACGGUGCGAUCCAGAUGCCUCCUUUAAUCGGACGAAGUGCCUGUGCGCCUUUAUUGCAGGAAACCAGAAAAUGAGCUCUGUGGACAGUUUGUGAAGCUGAGGAUUCAACAAGUUGCCAAAAAAAAAAAAAGUAUCCUAGACUGUUAGUUGCCUAUUAUUAUAACCAGGAUGAACUGAUGCUUGCCAAGCACAAAGCUUGUUGGGUUCUCCAACCCUUAUCUCUCAGUUUAAGCCACACUAACACACUAUUUUAACGGCUUUGUCCACUUAUAGACCUGUGAGCGUCGACUAAUCCUCAGUUAAUGUGUACAAAGACUCUAACGCUUUACUUAACAGCUGUAUAAUGUGUUUGCAUUGCAGUUCCACUGUAUUCAUUCGGCACAUGGAGCACACAGCGUCUGUCCUCAGCAGACCUCUACCCCAAAUGUGGGGCUUUAGUGAGAGGAAUCCAGCCGAGAAAAAGUCUUUGACUCACGAGUUUGACCUUUUUGGAUCGAUGCGUUUUUGUUCUGUCUGCAUACCAGACGAUUAAGAAAGAGGUUUUGUUUGGAGCGAAACCCUGAGUUUGAAAACUCCCGCCUGGUUUUUAGGGGCAGCCGUUUCUCCAGGUGUGAAGCCCCGACCUCCAUACAGGUCCUGCCCCGUUCUUCUGCCCGUACUCUGACAGAGUCCUUGCUGUCUUGCAGCUUUAAAGCUUGGGCAUAUCAGUGGGCUGUAACCGAUCUGAUCUGAUCUCAGCGCCUCCCAAAAGGUCAAACCCUUCCUUUAGCACGGCAGACUUCAGCAUCACUCGACAGAGAGUCAUCCGUUCUACGGCUGAGCGACAUCUGGAACCGGCCCGCAGCGGCGUGGCUGGGCUACCGACCGCUGUGUGCUGCCUGUGCCUCACAUACCAAGUAAUUAUUUGUAUUUAUUUUUGUAGUUUCCAUGAAGUCAUGACUUGUGUCUUACCUGUCUAUGAAGUUGUUGCACACACACAGCAAGUAGCUGCACUGAGAUAAGCUUUUUUUUUUUUUUUUUUUCAUUCGUUUUGUAUGCCACACCAAUGUUCUUGCCUUAAAAGUUGAGCCGAGGCCUCCGCUGCUGAGAGCGCGUCAGACUCGGCGUUCCCCUCCAGGGGCGGCGACCUGAAACCUUCUCCGACUUGUUCGUCCCUGCGAAGGAACACCGGUUAUUGUCUUGAACCGUUUUUUUUUUUUUUGUUUUUUUUUUUGGAAGCAGGGCUCGAACUAAGGCGUCCGUCUGUCAAAAAAAGGUGACCACGCACUGUUUGGUCCCGGAUCCGCCGGCGGUGCGGACAGCAGCGAGGGGAAAGCCCUAUUUUUGCCUCGGAUGUGGAGGCUGCAGCGUCUCUGCAGAGUUUACAUCUGCUUUAGACAUUCAGUGAUUUAAAGAUAGCACAAAGAGCCUUCAAACAAUGGCCGGUCCUGCUCCGCGUACACGAUUGAGCAGGGUUGUUUACUGGCGUUCGAAAGAAUUGGCUUCUUUUCACGAGAGGGGGGGAUGUGUGACAACGUGGCGUUGAUUAUCCGUCUAAGGUUUAUAGCGUCGUGUUUUAAUUCCACCGCCGGCCUCCCCGUGGUUUACUGCUCCUGACAGGAAUGUGUGAGAUUUGAAGCCUCCUUGAAGCAGAAUGCGUUUUGAUCACGCUUUAGUGAUCCUGGGACUCCUUUUUUUUUUUUCUUUUUUUUUUUUAACGAGGUCCAGCAAGCAUGUGCCGACGUGGAGUGAUUGAUGAGCUCUGAGGCCCCGGCCUGCUGAGGAGGAAGCCAGGGAGCACGUUCCCCCUCCCCGCCCCGCCAUGCGGCCGGGACGGGCGUGUCCCAGAGGGUAGGGACCUUAAAGGAUGCCCUGGCAGUGCAUCCAUCUGAACAGGGAGGGGAAUCCUGAAAGGCUUCAUCACACUACAUCUGCUUUUGUUUACUUGAAGACACUCUGAGAUUUCCACUGAGCUCGCUUUGGUUUGGCUCCUUUUUGUUUUCCACGUUGCCUUUUUUUUUGCAGUCUGAUAAAGAUAUUUUUUUUUAUUUUAUUUUUUUUACAGCUCACAUACAUGCAUUACUGAACGAGUCCUUUUGUGAAAGUAAGAGUUGAAAGAAUGGGGCUUCUGUGUGUCUGAGUGUGUAAGAGCCACUAAGCUGCAGUAUUAAGGGCACACUAUCGCGGCUCUCAGUCGCAAGAACACCUUCUGUCGUUUAAUGUUGCUUUUUCUCCUGUAGUUAUAAAAGAACAUUGAACCAA